GGAGGCAACCUCCUGCGCGCUGGCUGCCGGCUGCCACUGCGGCAGCGCUAAUCGCCGCCUCCCGUCCGCGGGCCGCGCAGCUGGGAGAAAAGAUGUUCACCGUGCUGACCCGCCAACCAUGUGAGCAAGCAGGCCUCAAGGCUCUCUACCGCACUCCAGCCAUCAUUGGCUUGGUGGUCUUGGUGGUGAGUGUUGUGGUCCUCGUGAGUAUCACACUCAUUCAGAUUCAUAAGCAAGAGGUCCUCCCUCCAGGACUGAAGUACGGAAUCGUGCUGGAUGCCGGGUCUUCCAGAACCACAGUCUACGUGUAUCAGUGGCCAGCAGAGAAGGAGAAUAACACCGGAGUGGUCAGUCAAAUCCUCAAAUGUAGUGUGAAAGGCUCUGGGAUCUCAAGCUAUGGGAAAAAUCCUCAGGAUGUCCCCAAAGCCUUUGAGGAGUGCAUGCAAAAAGUCAAGGGGCAGGUUCCAAUGCAUCUCCAUGAGUCUACUCGCAUUCAUCUGGGAGCCACAGCUGGGAUGCGCUUGCUAAGGUUGCAAAAUGAAACAGCAGCUAAUGAAGUCCUUGCGAGCAUCCAAAGCUACUUCAAGUCCCAGCCCUUUGAUUUUAGGGGUGCUCAAAUCAUUUCUGGGCAAGAGGAAGGGGUAUAUGGAUGGAUUACAGCCAACUAUUUAAUGGGAAAUUUCCUGGAGAAAAACCUUUGGCAUAUGUGGGUGCAUCCUCAUGGAGUGGAAACCACGGGGGCCCUGGAUUUAGGUGGUGCCUCCACCCAAAUAUCCUUCGUAGCAGGAGAGAACGUGGAGCUGAACACCAGCGACAUCACACAGGUGUCCCUGUACGGCUACACAUACGCACUCUAUACACACAGCUUCCAGUGCUAUGGCCGCAACGAGGCUGAGAAGAGAUUUCUGGCAGUGCUCCUACAGAACUCUACCACCAAAACCUACCUCUCCAACCCCUGUUACCCCCGAGAUUACAGCACUAACUUCACCAUGGGCCACGUAUUUGACAGCCUGUGCACGGUGAGCCAUCGGCCAACGAGUUAUAACCCUGACGACAUCAUCACUUUGGAAGGAACUGGAAACCCAUUACUCUGUAGGGAGAAGGUGGCUUCCACAUUUGACUUCAAAACUUGCCAUGAUCCAGAAACCUGCUCCUCUGAUGGGGUUUAUCAGCCCAAGGUUAAAGGGCCAUUUGUGGCUUUUGCAGGAUUCUACUACACAGCUAGUGCUUUAAAUCUUUCAGGUAGCUUCUCCUUGGACACCUUCAACUCAAAGACCUGGAAUUUCUGCUCACAGAAUUGGAGUCAGCUUCCUCUCCUGCUCCCCAAAUUUGAUGAGGUGUACGCCCGCUCCUACUGUUUCUCAGCCAACUACAUCUACCACCUGUUUGUGAAUGGAUACAAAUUCACAGAGGACACCUGGUCCCAAAUACAUUUUGAAAAAGAAGUGGGGAACAGCAGCAUAGCCUGGUCUCUUGGAUACAUGCUCAGCCUGACCAACCAGAUCCCAGCGGAAAGCCCCCUGAUCCGCCUGCCCAUACAGCAGCCUGUCUUUGUAGGCACCCUCACCUUCUUCACAGUAGCAGCCUUGCUGUGUCUGGCAUUACUUGCAUACGUGUGUUUCUUGUCGAGAAAAAUGAGGCACUCUGAGCAUGUCUUCAACCAUGCAGUAGAUUCUGACUGAGUCUUCAAAGCAGCUCCUGGAGCCCAAGGGCUGCUUAGAACCAGCCUGCAUGGCACUGGGCAAUACAAGUAAGGUGGCUGCCUUCAGGAGAUACCACUAAAGUCAAACACCUAGGUCAUGUGCCUGUCAUAUACUGAUUUCUGCCAAAGCACCUGUUGGGGAGUCCCUCUGCUACUCCGUGCACACUGCUCUUCCAGAGAACUCACACCCACUUGCUCAUCUAUUGGGGAACAAAGAAGAUGAUGGCUUUCAAGGUCAAGCCCUUUAUUCCAAGUCCCCCAGAGGAGGAGUAAGUUAAGAAUAUAACAUUUCAUGUUAAAGAAUUGACCUCAGGGCAGUUUCCAUUUUCCCUCCCUCAGUAUUUCUCCCAGCAAGACUCCCAGUAACCAUUAAGCACAGACAAGUAUCUUAUGAUAUAGUAUCUGGGGGAGAAGACUCCUACCCCGAGGGUAGUGGCCACAGCCAGGCAUCCAUCAUGCAAGUACAACCUGAUGCAUGGACACACAGAAAGUCUUCAAGAAAGCCAUAGGCCAUUCUAAAAGUGGAAUUCCCACUCAGGGUGCAGGUCACUAGAUUAUAACCUGUGUGUAUCACCAUCCUUAUCUCACCAUCAUAUUACCAUGCCCGCCUACAAAACACAUUUACCCUUAGUGAGGUUAUUGCAUUUCAGAUCUGAUUGCCUUUGCUAGGCUUUUGCUUACCAAGGGCUGCCUUUCCAUUGUUUUCAUGGUGUGUAUAUUUUUCCCACCAUUCCCACAAGUAAACUUGAUGCUGUCAUAAGACAUUUAAUUACUCACCAAUUACUUUCCUAGAUCAUAGACCUCUCUGAUUCUAUGAUUUGUGCACCAAUUACUUUCCUGGAUCAUAGACCUCUCUACAUAGUAACCAUAGUUCUUAACUUCAGGGACAGAAAAGGGAGCUGCAGGAAUAUUCACCUCCAAAGUCUAAUGAUAAAGAACCACAGCAAAUCCAAUGGCUACAAGCUAAAAAUCAACAUUAUUUCAGAUUGCUGUUUGUGAGCUGAAUAUGGAAUAAAGGACUCAUAUUUUA